UUUCUUUGUUCAUCAAAGUUAAAAAGAAUUUAAACAAAUGUUGAUUAUUUGAAAUUAUUUUGACAACUUUAGCAAUUUAUACGAAUAUAACAUGGAAAUUGUUCCAUUUAUACGGGACUAGCACUGUUAUCCCCUCCACGAUAUAUUAAGAACUAGAUUCGCCAUAUCAUUAAACGUAGUGCUUUAUAAUGUUACCCGGUAUUAUUAAAAUUUGCGAAAAAAUUAUGCCGUGACAGCAUACAUUUCAAAUGUGGUAUUUUUUCAAAGAUAUUUAUAAUUGACUGUGAAAAUAAUCGCGAGGUCAAAUUAAAAAAAGAACAUAUAAAGAGUUAAAAGAUACUUCAUUGUAUAAUAUUAAGUGGAAUAUGGAUACUAAUUUAUGUGAAAAAAAUGAGAUUGAAAUGCAACCAGAUAUUGUAACAUUGCAAGAUACUUUACGUAAUAAAAAUCAAAAGGUAGAAGUAUCCACUUGUCAAUGUAUGGUUAAUGAUGAGUUGACAUAUACACAAAUAAGAGAAAAGAAAAUACAUAUGGAUGCAACAAGUAGUACCUUCAAGCCAAAGAAAAACGUAACAAAAAUGAAAGUGAAGAAACAUAAAAAUGAAGGAGAAUCAAAUUAUGAAUCUACAAAGUUAGAAGAUAGUCUAACUCAAGUGCUACAAAGAUUUAAAAGAGGAUGUGAAUGUCAGGAUGAUCAGUGCUUUAAAGGUUUAAAUCCUGAAACAGUAUAUCGUCAUAGAUUGAAUAUUGCAGAAUUAACAAAGGCUGAACAUGAUAUGUAUUUAAUGGGUGUUACCAUGGCCUGUUUGACCAAUCCAUAUGAAACGGUACGACAUACAGAGCGACGUAGAUUACGUGCACAAUAUGUAUAUCAGGGUAGAAGAGUAUGUUUGGAUGCUUUUUUAUACCUAGAAAACUGUACACAUUAUCAAAUAAAACGAAUUAGGAAACACUUAAUGACCCAUGGUGUUACCCCACGAGUUCAUGGAAAUCAUGGAAAAAUUCCUCACAAUACGUUUUCCUUAGAUAUUUAUAAAAUUGCUACAGAAUUCUUAAAAAAUUUUAUUGAAUUGCAAGAAACAAAACAAAAGACGAAAGUUGCAAAAAAUGCACAAUUACAUCUUCCAUCAAACAUUACACGCAAAGUAGUGUACAAUUCAUAUAUACAGUAUUGUAGAAAAAUGUCUCCUGAUAUAAAAAUAAUGGGGUAUUCAACAUUUAGAAGAUUUAUGAAAGUUCAAUUCCCACAAGUAAAAUUUUCUAAGUUAGAAUUCAUGAUCAGGAAUCAGAAUAUACAGAAUCAAGGAUGUAGUAAAACUGACUUGGAGAAAAAAGAUACAAUUGAUGAUGGAACAUCCAAAUCAGCAGAUCUGAUAACAGAAGGCAAUGCCAUAUUACCUUUAUUAAUUGCUAGCCAAACAGGACAAAGUGAUACUUAUUUUUUAACACCAAUUAGCAAACUACAAGAUGGCGUGAGUUAUCAGAUAACUACAAGUGGACUUCUAGUCAAUAAAUCAGCAUUACCUGUCUAAAAUAGA